AAUCGGCAUUACUAAUCUAAUGACCUUAAAAAUAUGGUCGAGGAAUAUGCAAGAGAACCAUGUCCAUAUCGGAUUGUUGAUGAUUGUGGUGGAGCAUUUGCUAUGGGUGCAAUUGGUGGUGGAUUGUUUUCAUUUGUAAAAGGCUGGAGAAAUUCACCUGUUGGUCACAGGUUUGUCGGUAGUAUUGCCGCAGUUAAAACAAGAGCCCCGGUUUUAGGAGGAAAUUUUGCAGUAUGGGGUGGAGUGUUUUCUACAUUUGAUUGUUCUCUUAUGGCUAUAAGGGGAAAGGAAGAUCCUUGGAAUUCAAUUGGUAGCGGUGCAUUAACAGGUGCUGUGCUCAUGGCAAGAGCUGGACCUGGAGCUAUGGUUCGUUCUGCAGCUGUUGGUGGAAUUUUGUUAGCAUUAAUAGAAGGUGUCGGGAUCAUGAUAACAAGAAUGACUGCAGACCAAUUCAAACCAGUUAUGCCACAAAUGCCACCUGACCCAUAUCAACUUCCACCUACACCAAAACCGGCUAAACAAAGUGAAACUGAUUGGGCUAAUACACAACCGACUUUUCAAUGAUUUUUGUUUAAAAGAAUAGGUUUGUUUACAGUCGAAUACGAUUUUCAUCUGUACAAAUUUUUUUUGAAAUCAGCUGCUACCUUUACUGUCUGUCCUGAUGACGUCAUUUGCAACUUGAGUUAUUCUCUCAAAAGAUAUGCUGAAACUGUAGCUAAAAAAAGCAGUAUAUGGACUGUCUCUUUAAUUUCGUAAAUAAAUUUUAUUGAAAAACGUUUAAACUAUGAAUAACAUACAAACGCUCUGUUGA